AUGAACUCGGCUCCUGCGGCCAAAUUUGAGGCGCUCGACAUCGACAACUUCGGCUGUAUGUGUUACGUCACCACUCGUCAGGGGAGGCACUGUGUAGCAGCUGAGUAUUUAAAAGACACCGACUGGAUGCUCGUUUUGGAUGCUGAUACAGCUGUGAUCAAUCCGAAUCAUUGCAUUGAAGAGUGGAUAGAUGAUCGUGUGGAUGUUAUUUUAUACGAAAGAUUUUUCAAUUACGAAAUCUCUGCUGCAACAUACAUGAUACUGUUUCUUCCCGGAGCAAUACAAGCGAGGCAGAACUGUUAUGAUGUAUGGUAUAAUGCAACCAAUUACGAGAGCUAUAUGGCGUCCGUGUCAUGCGUCAAACAGGCGCUAGGAGCCACACGGUUAUGGCCAGGAAAACUACGUAUCUAUAGAAAAGCACAUGGAUGGGCACGAGAUGGUUUUCUCACCUCUGGCAAAUGGCAUGAUGGCGACUUCAUGUUCCAUGGAUGGAAAGGCAAUCACGUGAAGGACGAUCAGUGGGGAGCACCGUUCACCGAAAUGCCAAAUCUCAGCUUGUGUGGACAUGGCAAGGAUGGCUGGCAUUGGGAUGAGAAAAUGCACGUGAACGUCUCGGUUAUAAAGAGUGAAUUGGCAAGUUUCGAAAAACAUGCGGGCAAUACCUUCACCCCGUUAGGACAGAAAGUGAUCUGGUUCGCAAUGCCGGACAUAGGCCAGUGUUAUCCCGACUGUGAACGAUACACUUAG